AAAUUAAUGUUGUUAGGCUGGAUUUUUUAGGGGUCAAAGGUGGUAUCCCUGCGAGCUGUGAAUCGGAGAAAAAUUUUGGCAUCUGAAAUAUUCUGAGCUGAACGAAUAGUCACGCUAUAGAGAUUAAUGUGUGUUGCUCACAGAUCACCUCCAGUUGAUCCAGCAAAACUCUGCCUCGAGAGUUGAAACUGACCAACCAGAAGAUACCCUUUUAUGUCGAUACAAGAAACAAUUGAAGAAUCUCCAAAAUUAAGAAGAAAAUGUACGUUGCAUCAAGUGAUCCUGAUGACCUAUUGUAUGAUGAUAUCUUAAGCAGCACGUUCUGGAUUCUAGGAAAAUAUGACUCGAGGCUGGGAGGAAAAUUGAGGAGCUGAGUUAAGAAAACAUACGUCUCACUACAAGGAGGAUAUGCAUCAAUAUAAUUAUUGUCCGUUACUGUGGUUACUCUGAGGACAUGCAAGCAUAAGAUUCAAUGGUUGUUCCCACGCAGGAAGAGGAUAAAGUGAGGAAAAGAACUAAUUGAGGGAGCGGAAGAAAAUGGUGACCCUCUCCUUGAGGCAGUACCUCACCAAGCAACCAAGGCUAUCUUGUGGUUGGUUCCUCUGGGGUGAAGAUGUAUCGAUGGACCAAGUCUGUUCUGAGGGGGAGAGGUGGUUGUUACAAGUAUUUGUUCUACAGUAUCGAGAGUCAUUGAUACAUGGAACUGGUCUGGCCUGCGCCAACAGGCACUAUACCAACCCAGUGGGCACGGAGUGGUGUUGGAAGAUGGACGAUGCAGAUAAAAAAGCUCUGGACAGUCACUACCAAAAUGGUCAAACAAAUCAAAGCACAAUAACAACAACAAGAUCUAGUGAGAGGAACACACGUACUAAAGUGAAGAUGAGAAUUGGGCAAGAGUUUGAAGUAUCACAAGACUGUGUGCCAGAACUACUAAUCACCAUACAAUACGUGGAUCAGAAUCAAUCCACAAGAACGAAAGUGGUAGAAUCUCAACAACCCACCAUAAACAACCCCACAGCAGAAACACGAAAAACACAAGGAUCAUCUGUGAGUACUGCUCUUCAACAGCUGAUGGACACAUGUCCGCUCACUACUGCCCAAGUCAACAGGGAAGUCCAGCAAGAAGACGUAUCAUAUUUGGCUCCCUGUUUUGACAAUGUGGAGCUCUAUGUCGAUGCUAUGAAAUUAACCCCUGGCGAACAAAGUGAUGUCCAGUUGAAAAAGAGUAACCACCUAGCUAUGAUCGAGUGUUUGAAAAUCUGGAGAGGAAAACAGCGCUCACAAGCGACAUUCAGGGCCCUUCUGGAGAUGUUAGUAAAACUGAGAAAAGGGGAGAUUGCUGACCUAGUCUGUCAGUACUUGAAAGAGCUGUGAGAAGGUGCACGUAAUACAGCACUCCAUAUCAGAACAGAACCCUUAGAUUAGCUUUAUCCCUAAUGUGUGGUUAUUAUUGUGUACGUGUGUUUUGUACAUUGUGUGUUUGAAAUGAAUUAUAAAAACUG